GAUCCGCGCAGAGCCAGGCUGACCAAUUCCAAUAUGGUGGCCAGCUUGGCAGGUCUACGGUUCCUGUUGAUGAUAUUGUUGUUCUGCGGGAUCAGGUACGGCGCCUGCAGCCAGGAAGCUCCGCUGGUUCUGGGCCUGCGAGUGGAAGAUCCGGCGGGUCUGGUGUGCAUGAAGGGUCGGAUCAUCUCGGCGCCAGAAGGAGCCACGUUCCGGAUCCGUCUCUUUGGGACUGAGCUGAAUGGAAGCUGGCCGUGGGUGGCGUUCGCAGGGGCAGCUGGCGGGGCGGCCGGGGCGGUCGGGGAUGCGCCUGACCCGUGCGGGCAGGAGCCCAACCGUCACGAGUCCGCCUUCCAGGUGACGGGUGACUUCGCCCCGGAUGAGGAGUACAGCGGGCUGAUAACGGUGCAGGUCCAGAAGAGGAGCAUCGCUACGGGAGCUGGCAGCGGACAGACCUUGCACCACCUGUGCGUGCUGAGCGGAGGGAAGUGGGCAUCCGCGGGCCCGGACAGGCUGCGGGUCAGCACCGACAAGGGUCUGCCCGCAGACUACAUCCCGCCGUGGGGUCUGGCCGUGCUGGUCGUGGUGCUGCUGCUGGUGUGCGGGCUGCUGAGGACAGUGAACCUGAGCCUGCUGUGGCUCGACCCCGUGGAGCUGUACGUCCUCCACAGCUGCGGAUCCGAGGAGGAGAAGCGGGCCGCCAAGCGCCUGGAGCCGAUCCGGAGGAGGGGGAACUUCCUGACAUGUUCCCUGCUGUUCCUCUGUGCUGUUGGACACUCCGUCCUCGGCGUCCUCCUGUACCGGGCGCUGGGCUCCAUCAUCUCCGCCGUGUUCACCAGCGGCUUCCUCAUCUUCUUCCUGGCUGAGCUGGCUCCUCACAUCCUGUGCUCCGGUUAUGGGUUUCAGCUGGCGCCGGGUCUGACCUGGCUGGCCCAGGUUUGUCUGGUGCUCACCUGUCCCCUGUCCUGCCCUCUGGGGCUGAUCCUGGACCUGGCCCUGAGGAGGGACAUCAGCACCUGCGGGAUAAGGGAGCGGGCCAUGGAGAUGAUCCGCACGAGUGUCAACGACCCCUACAGUGAGUUUGUGAAGGAGGAGUUCAGCCGCGGGAUGCUGCGCACUAAGACGGUGGAGGACAUCCUGACCCCCCUGAAGGACUGCUUCAUGCUGCCCAGCUCCGCCGUGCUGGACUUCUCCACCAUGUCUGAGAUCAUGCAGAGCGGAUACACCAGGGUGCCCAUCUACGAGGAGGAGAGGUCCAACAUCAUAGAAAUCCUGUAUGUGAAAGACUUGGCUCUGGUGGAUCCGGACGACUGCACCCCCAUGACGACCAUCACCAAGUUCUACAAUCACCCGCUGCACUAUGUCUUCAACGACACCAAACUGGACGCCAUGCUGGAGGAGUUCAAGAAAGGUAACUCUCACAUGGCCAUCGUCCAGAAGGUGAACAACGAGGGGGAGGGGGAUCCGUUCUACGAGGUCCUGGGAUUGGUCACGUUAGAGGAUGUUAUCGAGGAGAUCAUCAAAUCAGAGAUCCUGGAUGAAUCUGACGGCUACUUGGACAGGAAAGUGAAGCGUCCCCUCCCUCCGCUGGAGAUUCCUCUGGAGCCUCGCAGCGUCCACGAGGAGUUCUCUCUCUUCAAGCCUCCAGAAGGAGAACCCAAGAUCCGCACCUCGCCGCAACUCCUGCUGGCUACACACCGCUUCCUGUCCAGAGAAGUGGCGCACUUCAGCCCCGGACGCGUGUCUGAGAAGAUCUUGUUCCACCUGCUCCGUCACCCCAGCGUCAACCAGGAAGUGCACUUUGACCCAAACAACCGGCUGAGCCCGGGUCACUAUCUCUACACGCGUAACCACCCGGUGGACUAUUUCAUCCUGCUGCUGCAGGGUCGUGUGGAGGUGGAGAUCGGUAAAGAGGGGCUCAAGUUUGAGAACGGAGCGUUCACAUAUUACGGCGUCUCUGCGCUGACGCUGCCAUCUUCAGUGCACCAGUCUCCAGUGUCGACCCAGCGUCACUCUCCCAGGGAUCCGUUUGAGUCAGCAGACGCCACAAGCCCGUCCAGUUAUUGUCCUGACUACACCGUCCGAGCGCUCACCGACCUGCAGCUCAUACGGGUGACACGUCUGCAGUAUCUGAACGCUCUCAUGGCGUCGCGGGUCGGUCAGAGUCCAGAUCCUCCUGAGAUAAAGAUCCUGCCCAACAGUCAGACCAAGCUGCUCAACGACAGAAACACCACACAGCAAGGUGGCAGUAGCGCCCAGGAGAGCUCCACAGAAGAGGAGGCUCAUGGGUAGUACGGUUCUGACCUGCUCCAGACAAGUAGAGCUUUUUAGUUGUGUUUUUAUUGAUGAAUCAUCUAUGGCUGGAACGUAGUUAUCGGACACGACUGGAGUGAGCGUGAUUUCAUGUGUCUGUUGUGUCGUCUCAUCUCCAUCCCCAUUCCUUCAUGUGAUCUCACUUAUUAUUUCAAGCUGUUUUAUACACUUUGGACUCUUUGUGUAAAUAUACAGAAAUACUUUUUAUUUUAAUUUGGGGGUGCCUCCCCUCCAGGUCUGAACUUAAGUCAUUAGCAUCGCCAUGAUUCCUCGCAUUUGCCUGUCUGGGUGCCAAAGCUACAUGUGUGUGAUGUGUGUGUGAGUGUGUGUUGUUUGUGUCCGUGUGUACUGAAGCAUCCGUCCGUCUGAGACACACUCGCUGGUUAAAAGCAGAUUUGCACGUAAAAUUUGUGCACUGUUGAUGUGAUUAAGCUAUUUUACGAGCUGGAAGCUACGUCCAUGUUUUUAUACCCUCACGUUACGUUGCUGUCAGACGUCGAGGAUCAUUUCAGCUGUCGUAGUUAGUUUAUAGUUUAAAUAUUCAUAUGGAGAAUGAGAGGUGAAGGACUUCCAAAGGGGGGACAGGAUGUAACCAAAGUAAAAUGAGAUUAAACACUCCUCACUAACAAUUUUAACAUUUUUUAAAUUUUAACAGCCCUGAUUAAUUAAUAAUUAAAUUUAAACAGAACUGAAUCAUAGCAUUGAACCAUUUUACCUUGAAAACUAUGUAUCCAAAUUUAUUUAUUUUAGAAUUCUUUGAAAUUAAAAUAUGAAAUAUCUUGAUAUUUGCAGUUAUAAAAAAAUGAAAUAGAAUGUACAUUGGUGUUAACAAAUUCAGACUCCAAAUUCAAGUGUUAGAAAUAAAAAAAAAAAAAAAAGAUAAAAGAAUUAAAUUAAAAACAAAUUCAGGUUACUCAAAUUUGAUUGGUCAAAUCAAGGUCUACAAAUUCUAGUUAAAAAUAAAUAAAAUUUAAAAAUAAAUUAAAAAUAAAAUAACACAAAAUAAAAUAAAACAAAUACCACUACCUGGGCUACUCAGGCAGGAUAGGCAUUCGAGCUUGUUUAGAUCUAUAUUUGAACAAUCAAAACUGAGCAAUGUUUAUUAUUUUUUUUUUAUCAUAAAACUUCAAUUUUUGGAUCUGAAUUUGUGAAUAACAAGUACUAACAGAAGAGUACUCAGUAGGGCUGGGUAUGAACCUGAGUGUUUUGUUUUUUUUUUUUUUUUUGGUGCCGAUUAAAUUUCAUAACCUCUUGAGUAUCAAAUGUACGGAAGCCGACAACAGCUUUGCUAGCAAUUACUUUUUUAAUGCCGUGAUCAUGAGUUAUUUUGUUAUCUUGUUAAAACAAGAUACUCAUUAUUAAUAUCAAUGCCAUUAUUGAUUCUGCUUGUCAAUCCCAUUCUUUACCAAUUUCCUUUUUAAUUCUGGAUCAGUUUUACGAGUAAAGAGUAGGCCUACACAGGUGUUCAGAGUCAACGCAACUGUUUUAUGUCUGAGUCUGAACACAGUGUAGAAAAAAGGCAUACAUGUGAGUCAGGUGUGCAAAAGCUCCUAUUUUUGUUAAAUCGUGUUGGAAAUGUCCAAAAAGUACCGUUACAUGAAAAAAAGCAAAAACAAACAUUGCAGCACUUUUUACACACUACACAUUUUAUCGCAUAAAUAAGGAGGAAUAAACAAACUUGCAUUGGUAAGAGAGCUCAGAGACAGAGAGUUUCAAUGGAUCAGACAAUAUGGAAGUGGUUGUCAGAUCCCAUCUCAAGUAUUCAGAUACCAGACGCUCAUUUUUCGAAUUCUCCAUAAUAACCCCAUGAUAUAUAUUAUUUUCGUGUCUCGGGACAUACGGCUUUCGUUUUCUUAGUAAUCAACAUAAAUUAACACUUUAUUACAAGAAAA